CGGCAUUCUACUGUCAGUCCUCAGUCCUCUGCGAGCUUUGUCCGACGACGCUCGCAUUCACGACAUCACACCCUCUCUCCUUAAUAAAAACAUGACAUAAAACCUUUUUCUAAUUCAGUUCUAAUCACACGAUAUAACACAUUGUACUGUAAGCGUGUCAAGGACCGGUCUGUGCUAACGUUAGGGUCAACGUACAAAUCGAUCGCUAAGCUCUCCAAGUUGUGGUAACCAUGCCGGCACAAGCAGAAACCAGGAUCGUGCUUCGGGACGUUACGCCAGAGAUAUCGCAGCACAUGCUGACAGACCUGGACAAGAUCCCAGGAGUGCAGCUGGGAGACUUCCUCCUUCAGUUCGAGCUCGAUGAGCCGAGGGAGUCGGUGCGGGAGAUCGCCAGGAAGGAGCUCCGGGAGACUCCUGACAUCGUCAAGCCAGCUGUCGAGGAGCUUAAGAGAUUACUAGAAGAGGAUAAAGACUUAUACGUUCCACUCGAUAGUGAAGCCUGGCUGAUCAGAUUCCUGCGCCCUUGCAAAUUCUACCCUGAAAGCGCUUAUGACUUGAUCAAACGUUACUACGGGUUCAAGCUGAAGCACUCGAAGCACUAUGAAGGUCUGAUCCCCAGCAAGGAGACCAACGUGUUCAUCCAGAAUGUGCUCACCGUGCUGCCCACGCGAGACCAAUAUGGCAGACGAGUGUUGGUGCUGGAGCUUGGCAAAAAAUGGAAACCAAGCAAGUGUUCCCUGGACGAGGUGUUCAAGGGCUGCGUGCUGUUCCUGGAGGCGGCCAUGCUGGAGCCGGAGACGCAGAUCUGCGGCGCCGUCGUCAUCUUCGACAUGGACGGGCUCUCCAUGCAACACGUGCUGCAGUUCACGCCCAGCUUCGCCAACAGAAUCGUCGACUGGCUACAGGAAGCCAUCCCACUUCGUAUCAAGGGUCUAUACAUAAUCAACCAGCCAUUCAUCUUCGAAAUGGUGUUCAAACUCUUCAAGCCUUUCUUGAAAGAGAAGCUUCGUUCCCGCAUCGUAUUCAUGGGCAGUGACAAGAAGAUGCUGCAUGAGUACAUCAGUCCGAAGUGCCUGCCGGAUCAGUAUGGAGGCACGCUCAACAUUCCGAGCGUGACGGGAGGACAGUGGCUGGAACUUCUCCUCAUGUGUGAUAAGGAAUUCAGUGCGAUCAACUCGUACGGAUACAAGAAGAAAUGAGAGCCGCGCACGCGCAGUGACGGACUUGUGCAAUGUGAUACUGAAUAUAUGCAUAUCGUGAUAAAGAUACUUAUAUUUAGAUAGUAUACGUACAAAUGAUAUUAUUAAGCCCUAGCCUUAGCCAUCGGCAUUUUUAUGUAUUUAGGUAUGUCUGGUGUAGAAUAGAGUGGAGAAUGCCACUAUGAUAUUAUAAAGAUUAAAUUGUGGAUUACUGGGAACAUAAUCAUGUCUAAAUGCUUAAUACGAGACUUUAGGAAAUAAUAAAAAACGGGUAACUUGGUUUACCAUGUGUUUUAUAUAUCUUGCAGAAAUAUAGUUCAUUCAAUAUUUUUAAUAAAAUGUAUAUUGUACCUAUGUUAUUCCAAUUCAAUUUGUUACUAUCACAGACAAUACCUGUCUAAAAUAAUAAAUUAAUCUGUGUUAGUGAAAUAUAAGUUUAUCCAGAUAAACUCGAUUUCAAUAGGCUGUGAAUUUUGUGAAACGUAAACAAUAUCGCCAGUCACCAUAAUACAACAUGAAGCUGCUAACUUCAAAUCUUCAAAGGUUUCAAUUAAGCUUAUUUCAAAAUAUUAUAAAUGUAUUUUAAUAAG